CGUUAUUACGUUCUAUAGUAUGAUACAGCCGUAUUGUAUCUAUCUAUAAUUAAUCCCUGUAAAUAUCUAUAAUUAAUCCCGUAAUAUCCACAGUGUUUAACCUUUAAGCAUAUGUAUUAUGUACUAUAUAGUAUAUAUAGUAUAUAUAGGUUCCAUAAUAGAAGCAUAUAAACUUUAAAGUGCGCAAAAAAUUUUAUUUCAGAUGUAAUGUUUCAUAUACUGUUUUUAAAUACUCAAAGUUUUCCCAAGACACUUGGUGAAUAAAAUUUUUUUUAUUAACCUGAAGCAAUAUGUUGAGUUUAAGAAUAUUCAAGUGUAGUAAAACUCAUAACAAGUGGUAUAUUCAAAAUGUUUCAAAUUUAUCAAUAAAUAUAAUAAAAAGAAAUAAGAGUAGAAUCCAAGCAUGGCAAAUACAUGCCUAUGGAAAUUUAGAUGAAAUUAAUCUAUCAACUAUUCGGAUGCCAAUUAUUUCCAAACCAUCAGAAGUAAUUGUAAAAGUUGAAGCUUCCAGUGUUAAUCCAAUUGACAUUUCGAUGAUUGGUGGCUAUGGUUCUAAAGUACUAAAUUUUAUGAGAAAAAUAAGGAAAAUGAAUGGAGAGAUCGAGUUUCCAUUAACCAUGGGACGGGACUUUUCUGGUGUUAUAAUUGCAAAAGGUCAUAAUGUUGGAGAAAAAUUAAAACUUGGUGAUGAAGUUUGGGGUGUCGUACCUGUUGAACAACAAGGAUGUCAUGCUACUCAUGUCAUUGUUGACAAUAAUCUCGUGAGGCCAAAACCAUCAAAUUUAUCAUCCAUUGAAGCUGCAUCCAUUUUGUAUGCUGGUCUAACUGCAUGGUCAGCAUUAUGGUUUACAGGUGGUUUAUUUUAUAAAACGUUAGGAUCCAAUAAAUAUAAUCGAAAAGUCCUUAUAUUAGGUGGUUCUGGUGGAGUUGGAUCUGUUGCCAUACAAAUGGCAAAAACGUGGAAUUUAAAGGUCAUUUCUACAUGUAGCUCGGACGCUGUUGAUCAAUUAAAAAAAUUAGGUGCUGACAUAGUUAUUAAUUAUAAAGAUCAGAACGCCGACCAAUUAGUUACAAAUGAAGGAAUAUACGACAUCAUCCUAGACUGUUCUAAUCAGGGUAUAGAGAAAAUCAAUUCAAAGAAAUAUCGUUUUAAGAGUUAUAUUGCUUUAAAUUCUCCUUUACUCAAGAACAUUGAUAAUUAUGGAUUGAUUGGAGGAGCUAUGAAUAUUGUAGACUUACUCAAAUAUAAUAUUCCAAAAAAAAAAGAUACAAGCUGUGUGAAAUGGGGGUUUUUCAUUCCAUCAACGACUGGGUUGAAUGCCUUACAAAAAUUAGUUGAAAAUGAACAGUUAAAGCCAGUUCUUGAAGAAAUAUAUACUUUUGACAAAUUACCUGAAGCAUAUAAAAGAGUCGCAGAAGGUCACUUAAGAGGUAAAGUGGUUAUUGACAUGAAAGCCUAAUGAAAAAUUUGUUGUUAAACGAACAUAUAAUUUAAUUUAUUUAAUUUCACUAAUGAAUUUUUUUAUUAUAAA